AUGAAAAUGAAAGCUGGGUGCAGCCAGCUGAAACCUGUGGUGCUUAUUUUGAUCUUUAAUUCGUGUUUUUACGCAAGUUAUCAAAUAACUGGGCUGCAGGUAUGUGAGCGCUGCAGCGGUUCAGUCCUAAACGGCUCCGCAGUGGGCGAGUUUUGCGCCUCAUCCGCGGGUCGGAUCGACGGACGCUGCUGCCUGAGAAAAGACAACACGAGCGACCCUGAACGCAUCAUCGGGUUGGAUCUGUCCAACUGUUCACUAACGCACUUGGAGGAUCUUCAGGGAGCAUCAGCAGCGUUAAUAAUAGAUCUCUCACUCAAUUCCAUCACCAACAUCAGUGACACGGCAUUUCAAGGAUUUACUGAGUUAAAUUACAUGAUUUUGCCACAAGACAUAGAUUGUCCAGGGGGCAACACAUCCUGGAAAAAGGUGGAAGUCAAAGCGGGAAAUCGUCUUUGUGAAGGACAGAGAGAUAUGUGCAACCAGACUGGACAGCUGUCCCUUAACUGCCCGGAGAACUCGCUCUGCGCGCCCUAUGGCCCCGGCUUCUUUGAGUGCAGCUGUGCUGAAAACUAUCAUGGAUACAAGUGUCUUCGAGAGGGGGAGUUCCCGGCUCUUCAGGUGUUUGGGCCUCUCGGAGCGUCUACAGUUGUGAUCUCUUUCGUGCUGUGGUUUACACAGAGACGUAAGGCCAAGUCACUCUGAGGCUGAUCUGCAGUCUUUAUCUGCAGUGAUCCGCGGAGCUGAAACUGAGAGGGAAAAUGCUGACGCAGAGUCAAGGGGGCUUCUCUUAAACAGUAUGUUUUACUUUUUUUUCACAGCUGUAUUUUAUCUUUGUAAACUUUAAAAACUGGAACUGACUUUUUUU